AUGUCCAUGCCGGCCGCCCUCGCGACCACCUUCGCGUCAUGCGGCCACGGAUGGCCAAGAAACCUCGGGGACGACGGCGGCGGCAGCGGCGACGGCGAGCUCCGCGGGCGCGCGCCCCGGCCAGCAGCAGGCGGCCCCGGGGCGGUGGUCCGUGCGCUGUGGACAUGGGUCGCGAGGGGCAGCAGGAGGAAGGCGGUCAUGAGCCGGAGCGGGUCGUCGGUGAAGGAGCAGCAGUACGGGCACGAGGAGUACGCGCAGAACUUCGACGAGGGCGGCGCGGCGGGGGAGCCCGAGAACCUGUUGCGGUCCUUCUCCGCGCGGUACGCCAGGCAAGCGCCGUGGGACGGGGCUCGCCGGAGUGGAUGA